GGCGGAUCUCUGUGAGUUCAAGGCCAGCCUGGUCUACAGAGCGAGAUCCAGGAAAGGUGCAAAGCUACACAGAGAAACCCUGUCUCAGGGAAAAAAAACAAAACAAAACCCAGAACAAGCAACAAACAAACAAACAACAAAACCAGUUAUGUUAUUUGCAGGAAAAUGGACAAAACCCUGAGAUAAUCCUAUUAAGCCCAGCGAGCCAAUCUCAGAAAGACAAAUAAAUGCCCUUUGCUGUUAUCUUUGGUGCUUCCGAGAUGUUGUACGGGGGUCACGUAAACUCACUCCUGUGCCGUGAAAGUGGAAGUGAAACUGUCCCGAGGCUGGGGCGACAGGGGAGGCGUGUAACACGCUCAGCAGGCAGUGGAUACAUGUGUAGCACUUUGGACAGGCUCCCUUAGCCUUGUCAUUUGAGUACCCGAGGCCAGCCUCUUCCGUCUCCCGCCUGUGCCCGAGAGCAGGAAGUACAGACAAGUCCAAGUGUCAGCCCUCGGUGGCCCUCUGCCUGUCCCGGCCCAGAGAAGGGGCUUGGGAGCCGGGUGCCCUCGCCCGCCGUGGUCCGCUCCUCGAUGUGAAGACCUUGGGGUCGGUUUCUGAUCAGAGUCUUGCUAUAUAAACCUAACUGCCCUGGGACUGCUAUGUGGACCAAGUAAACUUUGAACUUGUGGCAAUCCCCCUGCUUCUGAAUCGUCGGUGCUGGCCUUAGAGGGGCACCCCUCUCCUACCUCUUGAAAGGAAUGGAUUUCAGCAGCUGCCUUUACAAAAUUGCUGAACACCUGGACAGUGAUGAACUGGCCUCCCUCAAGUUCCUGUGUUUGGACCACAUCCCGCAGAGGAAGCAGGAGCCCAUCAAGGAUGCCCUGAUGCUAUUUCAGGGACUGCAGGAAAGGGGACUGUUGGAGGAAGGCCAUCUGUCCUUCCUGAAGGAGCUGCUUUUCCUCAUCAAUCGGCUGGACCUGCUGACCAAGUUCCUAAACACCAGCAAGGAGGAGAUGGUGAGGGAGCUGCAGGUUCUAGACAGAGCCAAAGUUUCUCCCUACAGGGUCAUGCUCUUAAAGCUCUCGGAAGAUGUAGUCACAUCAGAGUUGAAAGAGUUUAAGUUUUUUUUGGAAGAAAAGAUCCCCAAAUAUAAGCUGCAUGAUAACACGAGCUUGCUUGACAUUUUCGUGGAAAUGGAGAAGAGGCUCAUCCUGUCGGAAGACAACUUGGACGCCCUGAGAUUGAUCUGUUUCCGGGUCAAAAAGAGCCUGCUGGGGAGGAUCGAGGACUAUGAACUAUCCAGCAGAGGGAGAAGCAUGAGCCUUGAGGAAGCGGCAGAGCUGCCAGUUUCCUUUUCGGAUGGGGAGAACUGCUUCAGAGUGUCGGCGGAAAUGUUCAACUCCCUGGGAGAACAAGACAGCCAGCCGCAGGAAUCAGACAGAAUUUACCAAAUGAAAAGCAAACCUCGGGGCUACUGCCUGAUCUUCAACAAUAAUGAUUUCAGCAAGGCGCGGGAGGACGUGCCCAAACUCCACACAAUAAAGGACAGGAAAGGAACUAACUAUGACAGAGAUGCUUUGGCUGAGACCUUUAAGGAGCUUCAUUUUGAGACCGUGUCUUACCAAGACUCCACGGCAAAUGAAAUCCGUGAGGUUCUAGGAUCCUACCAAAGCCUGGACCACAAGGACAGAGACUGCUUCAUCUGCUGCAUCCUCUCCCACGGAGACAAAGGCAUCAUCUACGGCACUGACGGGAAGGAAGCAUCCAUCCAUGAACUGACCUCCUAUUUCACUGGUUUAAAGUGCCCUUCCCUGGCUGGAAAACCCAAAAUCUUUUUUAUCCAGGCGUGCCAAGGGGACAGCUACCAGAGAGCUGUGCCUGUCGAGACUGACUCAGAGGAGAAGGACAGUGGUCCAGACAUAGACUCCUUGUCUCAAAAGAGCUAUAUUCCAGAUGAGGCCGACUUUCUGCUGGGGAUGGCUACUGUGAAAAACUGUGUUUCCUACCGAGAUCCCACGCGUGGAACCUGGUACAUCCAGUCCCUUUGCCAGAGCCUGAGGCAAAGAUGUCCCCGAGGCGAUGAUAUUCUCAGCAUCCUGACUGGGGUGAACUACGAUGUGAGCAAUAAAGACGACAGGAAGAACAUGGGGAAGCAGAUGCCUCAGCCCAUCUUCACACUACGGAAGAAGCUUUUCUUCCCUCCUAACUGACGCCGACACGGUGUUGUCGUCGAAGCACUUUUUGUUUGGCGGGAGGGGGAGGUGGGUGAGUUUUAAUUUAUUUUUUAUGAUUUCUUUUAUUGAAAUUAUAUCGUUUGCCCCUUCCCUUUCCUCCCUUCAAACUUCCCUUCGGACUCUUCCUCGCUCUUUUUCAAAUUCCUGGUUUUUUCAUUAAUUGUUGUUACAUGACUACACACACACACACACACACACACACACACACACACACACACACACACAUAUAUAUAUUUCUUUUUCAAAAAUAUAACCUGCUCAGUCUGUAUGCUGUUACUUGUACGUGUGUUUUCAGGGAUGACCGUCCGGUGUUGGACAGUAAAUGGGUGAGCUCUUCCCUGGGAGAGACCAUUUCUCCCACUCAGCAUUCCUUAGUUACCUGUGGUUCUUUGUGUAUGCUUUUAGUUUCUUUUGAAUUCCCUUUUAAUUCCAAGCAAAUCUCUGUUUUUGGAUGUGAGUUCUACAAAGACCAUGAAGACCGUACAAAUCCCUGUGUGUCACUGCAUCAUUGCAAGACUAUUUAUUAAAAGUUGGAAUGUUUUUCCCCCUCCCGA